CUGCCGGAUAUCCGUCGGCUUCCAUGUUGUUUUGGAUUUUGUGAAGUCAUCUUUCUUCUUUCUUUUAAAACAGAAACGAAGUAUUUGGAAUUAUAUUAAAAUAACAAUGCCUGUUACCGACCCCUCAAAGAUUCAAAAAGUAGUGGUCCAUCCACUGGUCUUAUUGAGUGUAGUAGACCAUUUUAAUAGAAUGGGUAAAGUUGGGAAUAUGAAACGCGUGGUUGGGUGUCUGCUUGGAUCAAAUAGAGCCGGAGUUUUAGAUGUGUCAAACAGCUUUGCAGUGCCAUUCGAUGAAGAUGAGAGAGAUAAAAAGGUAUGGUUUUUGGACCAUGAUUAUUUAGAACACAUGUAUGGCAUGUUCAAGAAAGUAAACGCGAAAGAGAAAAUUGUUGGCUGGUACCAUACAGGUCCAAAACUUCACCCAAAUGAUAUUACAAUUAAUGAAAUGAUGAGAAGAUAUUGCCCCAAUUCUGUUUUAGUUGUAAUUGAUGCUAAACCUAAAGAUUUGGGAUUACCAACAGAAGCGUAUAUUGCUGUAGAAGAGGUUCAUGAUGAUGGUACUCCAACAAGUAAAACAUUCGAACAUGUACCAAGUGAUAUUGGUGCUGAAGAGGCAGAAGAAGUUGGCGUAGAGCAUUUACUAAGAGAUAUAAAGGAUACAACUGUAGGAACCUUAUCACAGAGAAUAACAAAUCAACUCAUGGGAUUAAAGGGUCUCCAUGGACAUAUAAAAGAUAUUAGUUCUUAUUUAGAGAAUAUUUCAUCGGGUAAACUUCCCAUUAAUCAUCAGAUCAUCUAUCAGCUUCAAGAUGUGUUUAAUCUCCUACCUGAUGUUAAUCUACAAGAUUUUGUUAAAGCCAUGUAUGUUAAAACAAACGAUCAAAUGUUAGUUGUGUAUGUUGCUUCCCUUAUUCGUUCUAUCAUUGCCUUACAUAAUCUGAUCAACAAUAAAAUACAAAACCGGGAUGCAGAGAAAAAUGAAGGAAAAGACCCAAAAGAUAAGGAGAAGAAAGAAAAGAAAGAUGAUAAAGAUAAAAAGGAUGGUAAAGAUGAGAAGAGUAAAGAUGGAGAGAAGAAAGAAACUAGUGCAAAAAAGAAAUAAAUGGAUGGUGUUACUUUAUAUUAAUUAUUGUGUAAAAUAUUAUGAAUUGAUCCUGAAGUAAGAAAGAUACAGAUAAUAAAUACCAGUUUGUUGAAAA